AUGGCUAAUGACAAAGAAGUUGAAACUUCUUCCAAGGAUGGAAACAAGUCUGAAGUUUCCAACCCUUUUUUCAUUCAUCACUCUGACCAUCCUGGCAUGGUUCUUGUAUCCAAACCGUUGAAUGGAGACAACUAUGGGACAUGGUGUCGUUCCAUGCGAAUCUCCUUGAGUGCCAAGAACAAACUUGGUUUUGUUGAUGGUACUGUCAAGAAGCCUUCAAAGACAACCAAUCCUGAUGAGUUCUCUCUUUGGCAACGUUGCAAUGAUAUGAUCCUAUCUUGGAUCUUGAAUUCCCUUGAUCAAGACAUAGCUGAUAGCGUUAUCUACUUUGACACUGCUCACGAUAUAUGGGAAGAUUUGAAGGAGCGUUUCUCUCAAAGCAACGUUCCUCGAAUUUUCCAGAUCCAACGUGACAUUGCUUCCCUUACUCAAGACCAAAAGUCGGUUGCUGCUUAUUACACAAGACUUAAGGGGCUAUGGGAUGAGUUGGCAUCAUACAGUGAUGUGCCGACUUGUACCUGUGGUGCCAUGAAAGAUCACGCUGAACGUGAUGAGAGGAAUAGGGUGAUGCAAUUUCUCAUGGGUCUGAAUGAUUCAUAUGCUGCUGCUCGUGGACAGAUUCUUCUUAUGCAGCCCCUACCAUCCAUACGCAACAUCUAUUCCUUAAUUUCCCAAGAGGAGAAGCAACGACAACUGGGGACUCCUCAUACUACCUUGGAACCUGCUGCAAUGGCUGUUCGCCAACACCAGGGACCUUCGAAUUCUAAUCGCAAGCCUCUUCAUUGCACUCACUGCGAUCGAGACCAUCACACAAUUGAUACCUGUUAUAAACUUCAUGGUUAUCCUCCCGGGCAUCGACUGCACAAAUCCAAUCAAAACAAGAAAGGCUCAAGUUCCUCUGCCAAUCACGUGCAGAACAAUCCCACUAUGCAAGAAUUGAAGUCUGCCAUGCCCAAUCUAUCUGACAGUGAGUAUGAACAGAUUCUUACCAUGAUGAAUGAUAAGCAAGAGCCACAAGCAAACUCUGCAGGUUUGUCAUAUUAUCCUUUACCUUUACACCGCUGGCUGAUUGAUAGUGGCGCAACAGAUCAUAUUACAUCCACCUCACAUUCUUUUACGUCCACAAAUAACAACCCUUCCAUUCCACCAGUUGUAUUGCCUAGCGGUGAAAAGGCUUCUAUUAUUUCUGUUGGGAAUGCUUCUCUCAACUCAUCUCUUUCUUUAAACAAUGUCUUGUAUGUGCCUAGCUUCAAAGACUUGGCUACGAGGAAAACGAUUGGUCUGGGUAAACAGCAAGGAGGUCUUUACUACCUGGUUUCUUUGGCGUCAGACAAGCCUUCCCUUCUCCCACCAUCUUGCAACCAUGCUCAUGCCUCAACUCACCUCUGGCACAGCCGUUUAGGCCAUCCAUCAUCUUCUCGUUUACAAUUUUUAGCUAAGAAUGUUUUAAAUUUCCCUUUUUCAAAUAAUGCUUGCGAGGGCUUUACGUUUUCAGGCACAUCUCCCUAUUUCUUUUGGGGAGAGUGUGUUCUCACCGCCAUUUACUUGAUCAAUCGUCUUCCCACUGCCCUUUUAUCCAAGAUAUCCCCAUAUGAGAAGCUGUACCAUAAACCUCCUUCUUAUAACCACCUCCGCAUUUUUGGUUGUUUAGCCUAUGCCACCAUUGUCCAACCUUCCCAUAAAUUUGAUCCUAGAGCCAAACGAUGUGUUUUUCUUGGUUACCCUCUCGGUCAAAAGGCCUACAAAUUAUUUGAUCUUACCACCAAAAAAAUUUUUACCAGUCGCGAUGUAGUUUUUCAUGAGAGUCACUUUCCUUUCCAAACUCUCCCUUCUUCCUCUCCCACGGAACCUUCACCUCCUGUUUUACCUCUUCCUUUAUCUGAUUUGUCAUCUCCUCCAUGUCCAUCUCCUGCCUUAUCCUCACCACGUCCUCCAUCUCCUUCUACCCCACCCGAUCUCACAGCUUCUUUCGACACCGCUGCCCCCAUUUUUCCCUCCCACACCAUUGCCGUACCGGCUCCGUCACAACCUUCCUCUCCUUCUGUACCACCAUCCCCCAUCCGCUACUCUCUUCGCCACAAGGUUAAACCAGCCCAUCUCCACGAUUAUGUUUGCUCACAGGUUACUUUACCUACGCUUGACCAAUCGUCGGACUCCUUGCCAUGUCGCACCAAAGGUACUCGUUAUCCCCUUUCUAAUUUUCUUUCUUAUCACCGUUACUCACCAUCACACUUUGCUUUCAUUGCUAAUAUUAGUCGGCCAGUGGAACCUAACACUUUUGCAGAGGCUGUUUCUAAUCCACACUGGCAAGAGGCCAUGCAAUCUGAACUUGCAGCUUUGGAAUCCAAUCAGACUUGGUCCCUCACUUCUCUUCCACCUGGGAAGCAACCCAUUGGAUGCAAAUGGGUCUAUAAAAUCAAGCAUCGUUCCGAUGGCACCAUUGAGCGCUAUAAGGCUCGUCUCGUGGCCAAAGGAUACACUCAAACUGAAGGUCUUGACUACCAUGACACAUUUUCUCCUACUGCCAAAAUGGUUUCUGUUCGGUGUGUUCUUGCUCUUGCCGCUGCCCACAACUGGUCUUUGCAUCAACUUGACGUCCACAAUGCAUUCCUUCAUUGCGAUUUACAUGAGGAAAUCUAUAUGUCACCUCCUCCUGGUCUUCGGCUACAAGGGGAGCAUUUGGUAUGUCGCCUUCACAAAUCCUUGUACGGAUUGAAGCAAGCAUCUCGCCAAUGGUUUUCUAAGUUCACUGAAGCCAUACAAGCUGCUGGAAAUAAUUUGGCUGCCAUUGAUGCUCUCAAGCGAUUUCUUAAUACUCGUUUUAAGAUCAAAGACCUUGGUGAUCUUAAAUAUUUUUGGGCAUUGAGGUCUCACGUUCCAGGAAAGAUGGAGGAGCUUUGGGAGCACAUCCAGUAA